UUCACUUUUAUAGACGAUCUCUUUACCCUUCUCCUUCAUGCUAAACCCCCUCCAUGAUUUUCUUUAAUUACUAUUGCAUACGCAUGCGCUUAUUCAUAGUUAUAUAUCAUUUUUGAUGAUAAAUCGUUGAAUAAGUUUUGAAAAUUUCGCAAAAAUGGCACUCGUUUAUAUUGAAGACAACGAUCCUUGGUUAACGGAAUAUGAUGCUUGUGAGAAACUUUUCAGAGAAAUUAUGGAACAAUUUACAGCACGCAAUAAACAUUCAAAAACUUUGCAAACAUAUGCAAGUAUAUCUGCAAAUAUACGAAUACGUAUAAAACAAUAUAAUCGUGAAGUUCAACAACUUAAAGAUAAAGUAGAUGAUGCAUUAAAGUCUAAAGCCAUAACUGUUGAAGAAGCAGAACGAAGAAUACGUCAAAUAGAAAUAUUGAAGAGUAGGGAUGUACAUUUACAAGAGUUGUGUGAUGCACGUACAAAUAAUUUUGCUUCCUCUCGUGCAAAUUUACUUACAUCAGGGACAUCAGCUUUUGCAGAUGGAGGUACAACUUCUUGGGCAGCUGAUGAUGAUGAUAAUGGUGAUGAUGAUAAACUUAUAGAUACACAAAUAUCCAUUGCUGAUCUUAUGUCACAACGAGAUAGAACCUUAGAAGAGCAAAAUAAAGGUUUAGAGGAGUUAUGUAAAGUUAUUGCAAGACAAAAAGAAAUUGGUCAGACUAUUAGUAAUGAAGUAAAUCAUCAAAAUGAAAUAAUUGAUCAUCUAGCUGAUCAUAUGGAUAGAACUGAUGAAUCAUUAAUUAACAGGACACAUCACGUGAGAACUAUUAGUUUUAAAGAUCGUACAUGUGGCUAUUGGAUAGUAAUAAUUUUUCUUUUUAUUUGUAUUAUCACAGUUGUUUUACUUCCAUAAUUUUUAAUAUAUUUGAUUAUAAUAUAUAAGAACAAUAGGUAUCUCUUUUAAUGUAAUUUUAAUAUAUUCUGUAAAUAUGUAUAAAAAUUAUAUUCUUACAAAUUAUUGCAUUUUACGUUUUUAACUAUUUACUAAUUUCAGUAUUCAUUA